UUCAAGUUGAAUCGUUCUGGAGACAGUAGCAUAUGUUGGAUUUCUUGAAUGCUGUAUACCAGAUACAUAUUGCUCAAUCAGGCGGGCCUGGACCCGAUCAGACUGGACAUCUUGAAAUUGAAGGCUUUCCUGCUGUCCUAGUCAAGAUGUGACCCUCUUAUGUGACAUGUGGCAUGAAAAGCACCGCAUCACAAUGCCUCGAUCCGAUGUAUCCUCCAUGAACUUGGCGAUAGACUCGGAGGGCGUGACUGUAUCGUGCAGGAGGGCAGACCAGUCACUCCCGGGGCGGGCCGCUGCAAUAAGGGUCAAGUUACGAAAUGUAGAAAUUGACUUCCGGUCUGCAUCCUGCAGUACUUGCUAGUAUGCAUAAUCACGAGGCGUCAAAAUACACUCGUAAGAACUCGUCGAUGUUGAAGCUUGACCAUGGUCGACUGCAGCCUGAGUGGCAGGGGCCCAGUAGGAGCGCAGCCUCGUCACGUUCCAGGGGCGACAAGGCUGAAGUGGCCUUGACGUCACAUUGUUGACUUGCUCGCGUGGCUUCAACAGGCAGGGAUCGUGUCAAAGUUUCCAUGAAAUUGACAACAAAAUUGCACACAAACCCAACGAUUCUCUCCUGUCCCUUUCCCCGUCGGCCGUUCACGAUUUUUGAUCUAUUGUUUCUCGUCCUUUCUAGCAUAUGCAGCCGGGUUCUCUCCAGAUAUCAUGGGAAGCCGCGAUGAGUACAUCUCGCGGUCCAUAGCACUCGCCGUCCUCCAAGGGGACAGGGCUGACAGCGGUUUCCGAUUCUGGCAUUGGCUCCGCAAGAUCUUCGCGCUAUAUGCGCUCGUCCUGACCCGGUUCCGACCGGACCUCUUCCAAAGACUACGGAACCAAACAUGGAAGAUAUCCGAAGAUGACUACAAAGCCAGCUUCCAGGGCGAGAAUCCGCUCAUACCCAAAGGCGACAUGGGGUAUUCAGGAUCGACGUUCUUCACAACCAGGGACAACAAGUACCUGAUCAAGUCGGUUCCACGGCGGUUCGAGCAUACAUUCUUCCGCGACGACUUACUGGAACCGUACGUCGCGCACAUGGAAUCACACCCGCAAUCGCUGCUGGUGCGCAUCACCGACUUCUUGGGUUGGAAGUACCACAGUCUCGGCGGUCUGUUGGGCCUGGCACCGAACUACCAUCUUGUCAUGGAGAAUCUGUUGCACGGCCAGGACGAGGACUCCAACUGGCAGACCUUUGACCUGAAGCCCAUGUCCUACUUCUUUCCCGAGCGGGACAUCGCCGGCGGUAAGCUUGCGUCGCAGGCGACCAAGUCGAAACUUGCCGAUGAAUUCAACGACAAAAUGCGCUUGAGUCAAUCACAGGCCGACGCGUUUCUGGAAGCCCUACAAGCUGACACCGAGCUGCUUGCACGCCACAAUGCAGUCGACUACAGUCUGAUGCUGGUGCGAAUUCCAAGACCAUCCACAAUACCUGCGAGUAGUGAUGAUCCAUUUCGCGACCCUGAGCCCCUGGACUGGCGAACAGGGGUUCCGUCCCAGGACGGCAAAUGGCUGUAUCGCGCUCUGAUCCUCGACUUUUUCUGGGCAAAGCACAAGGUCCGGGCGAAACUUAUGACGCUGCUCGUGGACGCCUGGAAUCUCAUCGAUCGAAAGGGUCCCAUGAGCAUCACCACCACGGCUCCGGAGUAUCGUGGCAGGUUUCUCGAUAUGUGUAGAGAAAUCGUCCAAGUCGAGGGUGGUGGGCCAGAGUCGUCAACGUCGCGGAGGUCGAGGUCGUCAUCUUGAUUUGACUUCUAGCGUUCGAGCGGUAUACAACUAGUUUCGAUAAACAGCUAAAAGAGUCGCUUGAGGCUCGUUGACAAGGUUGUUUUCGCCGAGGAUUUGCAGUCAACGGUCUGACUGCUGCUGCUGCUGGUGUUGGUCUAGCAGGUGUCGAUCGAUUAACGUCGUCUCUUGAUUUCGUUGUCGUUUGUUUACAUACAGUGCGCGUUCAGCAAGCGAAUGAAUGGUUUGUGCGAUGUGCAAAAACAAAAACUUGACUUCUGCUUCGGAACCAAAAACCCUGCCACUCGACCCGACAACCUGAUUUCAGGAAGAAGUGCCUAGUAGGGGGGGAAACCUUUAGUGGAAUCAUCAACUUGCGUAUGAGUGAAUCCGGUUCUUUUCAACAUUCUUCGAUGGCAUCGUACACUAUGGGCCGCUUACAGUGGGAUCUCACCGUAAGGUAAGAUCAGUACUAAUUGGGCGCACCAACUAGGCCACAGGGGAGGAGCUCCUAUCCAACUGGGGAAUGUUGGGAGGAAUUCCGUGACUUUAAUCUAUUAACCUAAUUAAAAAGAGAAGAGAAAGUGAAGUUUGAGUGAGAUAGAUAACCGCGCCGUGACACACGAAACAUGUGAUUUGGAUUGGCAAAUACUGUAUUUAGUACUUAAAUGGCCACCAGAGGUCUACGAUUGGUGGCAGUUGGAUGCGGGAUAAGGAAGAAAAAAAAUAUUACGAUUGAUGAAUCCCUUAGACGAUGGUAACUAUCUCAAACUCGAAUACUUGUGCCUCAAAAACGCCUCCACUUGGGUCUUCUCUGUUGCCGACAUGCUGGGGCCGCUGCUGGUGCUGUUUGUGCUGUUCGCUAUGCCGUGGU